ACCUACAUUUCGCAUCGUCUGGUUUGUUUGUUUACAUUCGAAAACUAAACCAAAACUUUAGUAAAUACAAUGAGUUUCAAGAGUUAUAAGGAGAAAAUUGACGAGGGUGAUACAGUGAUUUUAUAUCUAAGUAACAAUCUGUAUGCAUUAGAAGUGCAGAAAGAAAUAAAGAAUAAAAAAGGUGAUAUGUUGGAGAAUGUAUUUCAAACACCUUAUGGUGCUUUGAAAGUAAAAAGUCUAAUUGGCGCCGAGUAUGGAUCUAAGGUGGAGCUUUCCAAAGGCUGGGGGCACGUACUACAACCGACUCCAGAGCUUUGGUCACUGACUCUACCGCACAGAACACAAAUCAUCUACACACCUGAUAUCAGUAUGAUAUUGCUUCAACUAGACUUGGUUCCAGGCUUUGUGGUUAUUGAAGCUGGUACGGGCAGCGGCUCACUAACCCACGCUUUAAUAAGAAGAGUCAGACCUCAUGGCCAUGUCUACACAUUUGACUUCCAUGAGCACAGAGCAAAUGUGGCCCGAGAGGAGUUUAAGGAUCAUGGGAUUGCUGAAUUCGUUACUGCACAACAUAGGGAUGUACUUGCACGAGGCUUCGGCGAGGAUUUAAAAGGGAAAGCUGACGCAGUUUUCCUCGAUUUGCCCAGCCCUUGGGCGGGAGUCCCUCACGCGGUAGAAGCUAUUAAGGAUAAGGGUGGAAGGUUUUGUUCGUUCUCGCCGUGCAUCGAACAAGUUCAACGGACAUGUUUGGCGUUACAGCAGCACGGUUUCCAAGAGUUGUCCACUAUGGAGGUGCUUCAGACUGAGAUCAAGGUCUCCAAGAGAACAGUUCCUGUAAGGGAUCUGUCGUUCUUGAAACAUAAGAGCUCCGAAAGCCCUGUGGAGGAGAAGCCGAGCGGCGAAACUAGUUACGUAGUGGGAACUUAUCCGACGAGCAAUCCUGGACACACGGGCUACCUCACGGUGGCCACGUUACCACCGCUCUUCGCUAGAGCUAAAAGAAAUCAAACGAAGCAAGAAGAUACUUGUAGUAAAGAAAUUGAAUCUUCGAAUGGUGAAGCGACCGCCAUGCAAGUGGAACCGCUUAGGAUAUCAUAAUUGACUAGUUUUUUCAAUAAAACGCUUAU